UCACGAUCUGCUGGGACCGUUGCUUGUAGACACAUCGAUCGUGCAAGGGAAGUCCAUACUAGUUCUAGCUACAAGCAACAUGAAGGUAGACGAGAACAAUGAAGUCCGGUCACUUCCAGGAUUCCGGUUUCAUCCCACGGAUGAGGAGCUUGUCAGUUUUUACCUGUGUCGGAAGGUGGACAAGAAGCCCAUGAGGAUUGAUCACCUCAUCCAGCAAAUCGAUAUUUACAAGCACGACCCCUGGGAUCUUCCGAGAACAGAAAAUUAUGGGGGUGAUAAUAAGGAGUGCUACUUCUUUUGCAAGAGGGGAAGAAAGUAUAGGAACAGCGUGAGACCCAACAGAGUCACAGGUUCUGGCUUUUGGAAAGCUACUGGCAUCGAUAAACCGGUUUAUAGUAAUGCUCUUGGAGGAGACAGACGUGAUCAGUGCGUUAUUGGACUGAAGAAGACAUUAGUUUAUUACCGUGGAUGCGCAGGGAAAGGAACUAAGACUGAUUGGAUGAUGCAUGAAUUUCGCCUCCCUAGUGACGGUCCAACGUCUUCGAAUAAAUGCAUUCCUCAUCCUCAAGAAACUGAAGUGUGGACCGUGUGUCGAAUUUUUAAGCGAAAUGCUUGCCACAAGAGAUACUCCGGCGACUGGAGGGAGCUCCCUGCUGCAAAGCAGAUUCCAGCUGCAAUGGACAGAAUAUCGAAUCAGACUUGUGGGAUAAGUUCAAAAUCAAACCACAGUUAUCAAGAUCAAGGCUAUAUCAGCUUCAACGUUGCCCCAUCAGUACCUUGUUAUCCUGGUAAGGCGAAUCUGAACAAUAUGUUGGUGAAUCAUGAUCAACACGUCAACGAGAAAUAUGUACAAUUUAAUGGAGGCAGUCAGUCUAGUUUGGUGGGUCAACAAAUUACGACAUCUGCAGCAUCCACUUCAAACUACUGUUAUAGUAAUUUUGAUUGUCCGGGUGAGCAUUUCACUGAUGAGACCUGGGAUGAGCUGAGAGAUCUCUUGUAGAUUUUGCAUUGGACUUAUCCCGCAUGUAAAUAUAUAUGCAUUAGUAGUCUCUCUAUUUUUCCAGGAUAUUCGACGGGUUGUAGCAAGGUUCUUUAAUUUGAAACAGCAAUUCCUGGUUUAA